UCUGUGAGAGAAACGGAAUGUUCUAGUUCUCGCACGGAAAUCUCGCGAGAACGUGGCAGCCUCGGAGGCGCAACGAAAGCAGAAACAGCGGCUGGAGCGACAAGAAAAGAUUCAACGGCCCUUUGGCUGAGCAGAACAACUUGGAUUUUGGGCGACAGAAGCGGGGACUACAAAAUGACCAGAGGUAACCAACGUGAGCUUGCACGUGCAAAGAAUGCAAAAAAAAAUCCCGAAAAAGGGAAGAAGGGCGAUGAUGGGCUGUCUGCAGCUGCCCGGAAGCUGAGGGAUGCUGAGAUAAUGCAACAGAAACAGAAAAAGGCGGGUGGAGGAGGGAAAGAAGAAACCGAAGCCAAGUCCAAGUAAAGAAUGAAGAGAAUUUGGAGACUAAUUCAAUUCAGUGCUUCAAUAACAUCCCAUGUUGAGCAUUCUUCCUGAUAUUUAUGAGAAUGGUUCUGUAAUUUCUAUCUAGCCUCAAGAAUCUAGGAUCCUACAUUCUUCCCUAUCGCAAAUUACAUUGCUUGUUGGAUUUGUUAUCUUUACUUGGUGAUAUUAUAUCUGAGCAAUUUAACGGUUGUCCCACGUUGGUGCUGCAUGCAGAGGAGCAUCAGUGGUGUAAGCAGCAGGCGAAAGAACAACAAUUCUUGACACAAAGCACCUACGUAACAUUUGUGUAUUUUUGUAAAAACAUGUCCCCUGCAGGUUUCAAAUAAAAUGUAUCUUUUUAGUUCA